AUGACAAUGGGCGAAGAGACCGUAGCGGAAAGUGUCCCUGUCCCUUCUGGCGCCGCCGAAGAUACAACAAUAACAGACCAACAACUAACCGAAGAGGGAGGGCAUCUGAGUGAGAAACCAGUGGAACCAGAGGAAACAGAGACCAAAGCAUCGGCAGACAAUACUGCGGAAGAAAAAGUACCGAAUGGUCCAACUAGGACCUCUGACAGCUUGCUGGAGGCCGAAAAUGCUGGUAGUAAUGAUAGCGUCUUGGAAAGCCAAGCAGAGGGCCAGGAACUGGCUAGGAAAGAUCAAGACCAGGAGAAGGGAACAGAAGGACAAAUGGAAGGACAGGGAGAAGGAGAAGGCGAACAAGAAGACGAAGAAGAAGGUGAGACAAGAUGUAUAUGUGGGGAAGUGGAUCCCCCGGACGAAUCAGGCCUGUACAUUCAAUGCGAACAGUGCAGUGUUUGGCAACACGGUUUUUGCGUGGGUAUUACCGAAGGCGAAGGUAGUGCGCCCGAUAAGUACUGGUGUGAGCAGUGCCGUCCCGAACUGCAUACACUCUACACCACAGACGCAGGACAGCGACGGUCGGUUUACAAACCCGUUCAACAGAGCAAGCGGCAGAAUAGGCGAUCGAAAAAGGACGAAGAAGCCUCCCACAGCAGCGAUAAAGCCAGCAACGGUGCCAACAGUACUGGCCAUGGCAAUCGCGCAGGAUCCCUCGCUGAAACUCAAAACCCAGAUGUCAAAACCGAAAACCAGAGACCCAUACCUCCAGAUGAGCUGAAACCUCGCAAACGACAGCAACGGCGCAAAGAAGCAGUCCCGGAAAGAUUUAUUCACGGCCGUCGAUACUCCGAAGAGGAUCGUCGCUCUCUGGACAGACGUCGCGCCACGUCCUCCGCGCGCGAAGAAAAACAAUACCAAUUGAUGCUAGAAAAAGCUCUCAAAGAGAGUCGGCGCACUUCUCAAGCUGACGACGAACUAGAGGCCAAUGUCCUCACAGAGGCAAAGGAAGUAGAACAGUUAAGCACCCAGGCUUCCGUCAGCGAAGCUACAGUAGCCGAUGAACCACCUAAGAAACGUACAAAACUUAACAGCAACACCAAUAACUCGCCUCCAAACACAUCAAUGACCUCUUCAGAGGAGGACAGCCGGCGAAAAACAAAGCGCGGAGGACCUCGAAAGGUGAAGAGCCGAAACUUGUCUCGAGCUUCCUCGUCUAACGAGAUUAGUUCGGGCACCUCAGAUGUUAGUAUCAACAAGCCCAUAAAACCCAGACUCCCGACCCAAAAAACGAGCCUCAACGAAAUGAGACGUCGUGUGGGUGCUAUAUUAGAGUUCAUCUCGCGAACGCAACUCGAACUCUCAGACGAUCAAAUUGAAAAACAAAAGUUUACUGAGUUCGUUGAGAAUCAAGAAUUUGUCGAGAAGGUGGACGUCGUAUACACCAACUUCGACGAAAGCUUGAAGACGAUGGAUGAUCUGACCCGAAAACUGCUUAUAUGGGAAAAGAAAUAUGCCUCAGAUCAAUAG